AGGGGCUAUAGUGCAGUACUGUGCAGACGUGUCGCCAGAACAUGGCUUCUGCCUCAGCUUCGGUCGCAUGUCCACUUUCUUAUGGGCCCCUGCAAUCUCCCCAACCUCUGAAUCCAGACGAUCAUCAGUCAUCCAUUUACAGGCUAUGCCGGUUUAAAGGGCAUCGAAGGUUUUCAGCGAGGGAUCUGAAAAUCUUCUCAAAGGCGGCUCCUCACGCCAUGCAGACGGUGGGGAGCGUUGGCCCCAAGGAAGAAGCCAACCCACUGCUGACGUCACCAUUGGUGCCAAAAUGGGUUCAAGAAGCAGUUUCCGAGCAGCCAUGGCGGGGCGCCCUCGAGGCCCCCAAAGAGUGCUCGUACGCUGUCGACCCGUCCGCUAUCAAGGGCACCGUCCCCGAGGAGCUGCGCGGCACGAUGUACCGGGCAGGGCCGGGGCGCAUCCGCAUCGGAGAUCACAAGUUCGGGCACUGGUUCGACGGGGACGGCAUGGUGUAUGCGGUCUCGUUUAAUGGCCCCGGUGGCGCGGUCUCGUACCGCAACCGGUGGAUGCUGACCGACCGGUACAAGAAGCAGGAGCGGUCGGGGAAGGACGAGAUCGUGGGGAAGGCGGUCUGGACGGAGAGCUCGGGGGGGUGGCUCGCCAACUUGGGGCCACCCGGCAACCCGAGCAACACGAGCGUCCGCGCUUUCGACCACAAAGUUUUGGCGCUUUCGGAGGGCGGCCCGCCGCUGGAGAUAAACCCCCAAACCCUGGACACGCUCGGCACGGUCGACUACACCCCCAGCUUCUUCUCAGCGCACCCCAAGAUCGAUCCGGACACCAAAAUCUUGUACAACGUGGGCAUCGGUCGUGACUGGUUCCGCAUCUUCGCGCUCGACCUCUACUCCCUUGCUCCCGACGGCAAAGCGCUGAGCAAGGGUCGCGUUGCUUUGGACGAGCCAACGUUCGUCCACGACUUCGCCAUCUCCGAGAAUUACCUGGUUGUGGUCAUCACGCCGCACCUGUCCAAGCCGGUGAACCUGAUCAAGGCUGUGGCCGGGCUGACCACCUUCGGGGCGACCUUCGAGUACCAGUCCGCCCUAGGGAGCCGGAUCGUGGUCGCCCGAAAGUCGGACAUGUCCGUAGUGGCGGACGUCCGGAUGCCGGCGUUUGCGACGUUCCACUACGCAAACGCGUACGAAGAGCACGGCAAGCUGCACGUGCUGGUCAAUAGGCUGAACGGCCCUCGAGAAAACCUGGAGGACACUUUCAAGGACAUGUACGCUCGCGGCUGGAACUGGGACACUUACCAUAGCUUAUGGGAGCUGGCGCUGGACACCAAAACUUGGACGCUCGAGUCGGACCGUCCGGCGGUCCGCAGCCCACGUAGCGGGAAACCCGCCGCGACUUUCGGGAUGGAGUACCCGCAGAUCAACCAGGCGUACACCGGGAGGAAAACGCGGUAUGUGUACGUGGCAGCGUGCUCGACGGCCGGGCGGCUCGAGGGUCCGCGGCAGGGGGUCCAUUUGGGGCAGAGUUUUGGGGGGGUGAAACGGGAGGAAGGGAGUGGGAGGGACGGCGUUCAUUACUUCGACUGCAUACAGAAGUACGACUUAGAGACUGGGACCGUGGAAACGAACCUUCUAGGGGAGGGGUUAGAGCCGAGCGAGGUCGAGUUCGUGCCGCGGAAAGGCGCGGUCGGAGAAGACGACGGGUACUUGAUCUCGUUUGUGUACAAUAAUAAGAAGCACACGACGGACGUUGUGGUUUUGGACGCGACGAGGGUGGGGGAUCCCCCGGUGUGCGUCGUACACUUGCCAACGCACGUGGCACUGACGUUCCACGGGAACUUUGUACCGUCCGCUUGAAUGCUGUCCGGGAAACCGUCCGGAGCAAGAGCAAAAGCGUUCCAAAGCGUCGCAUUUCAAGCCCGAGAAAGCGUUCUCAACCGGCUUUGACGUGUUCGGUUCAACGGCAGUCCAGACACUAGGUAUCGAGACGUGCUCACUUUUGCAGAGAGUUGACCUAAGGAUCAAGCGGAACCGAUUGUUGCUUUGGAAGUACAAUCUCAUUGCUUUGCAACGUUCUACUUCAUUGACACCCUUUACUCAGAUAAAGAUUCUCAGACUGAAAACUUUGAGUAAACAUUGCUGGCGUAUUAGGUUGCUUUCGCAUGCGCGGUGCAUAGGAUACUCGAGCGUUUUACUCUAGAGUUGCUAGUUAGAACCUCCGAUAAUGCUAGGAUCAUUGAUACGCUUGAGUAAGUCACUUGCUUGCAGUCGUCAACCUCUCGAGCGUUUAGUACGUCUUUUCAAUUUUCCAUAUACGGUAGCUAGAGCCGGCUCCAACGUGCAAGUGGAUUGCAUUGAACAGACUGAGUCGACUUCUUACCUUCGAGUCCCUCAUUCUAUAUUUGUCUCGAGGGUGCAGAUUGGAGUGAUACUGAGU